CAGCUACUGAAGAAUACCACAGACAUUCCUUCAGCACUUACAUAAAACUUUCUUUCUUAUUUUUCCAAAACAUUUUUAUCCGAAAUUGGACCAUGGUUUCUAAACUUCUCUUUCUCCUACCUUAUUUUAUCAUCUUUACACUUUCACCCCUAUUCUUCCCCUCCACAGCAGAAUUACUUUUCCCCUCCAGCCCCAUUUGCAAGGCCAUUCCAAACCACCCCUUCUGUAGAACUUCCCCUAUACAUUACCAUCAUCGUCGUGCUAAUAUCUAUGAAAAUGGCAGACUCUCUAUCGUUAACUCGAUAGCUGCCACACAUAAACUCAUGACACUGAUAGACAAGUACCUCCAGCACUCUUCUUCACUAAAACCAGGUGUCAUUCUGGCUCUUCAAGAUUGUCAUUCUCUUGUCAGUCUUAACAAGGAUUUUCUCAGUACUUCUCUCCUUGCUGUUAACAAAACUAGAACCCUGUCCUUAGUACGAGCUGACGAUGUACAGACCCUACUAAGUGCCAUUCUGACCAACACAGAAACUUGUUUGGAUGGACUUAAGGAACUAGCUUCUUCCUGGUUCCGUCUAAACAAUGACAUAUCUACUCUUGUCGCGAAGGACAUUAAGCUUUAUAGUCUUUCGUUGGACCUAUUCAUCAAAGGGUGGAUUCCUGAAAGGGAAAUUCGGCCAUCUGAACCUCCUAAGAAUAGCUCAACACCCAAAGGUGAAAUUUUAUAUUGGGAAAAGUUCGCGAAUGUUACAGUCAGUAAAGAUGGAUCCAGAAACUUCACUACUAUCAAUGAUGCUGUGGCCGCGGCUCCAGAAAAAUCUGAAACUACUUCUGGAUACUUUGUGAUUUAUGUCCUUGCUGGAAUUUAUGAAGAAUACAUCUCCAUUCCUAAGAACAAACAAUAUGUGAUGAUCGUCGGGGAUGGUAUCAAUCAGACAGUAAUAACUGGCAGCCACAGUGUUGGUGAUGGCUGGAGUACAUUUAACUCUUCGACAUUGGCUGUUGCUGGGCAAGGAUUUGUUGGAGUCAAUAUUACGAUAAGGAAUACUGCAGGAGCAGCGAAGCAGCAGGCAGUGGCGCUGAGAAACAGUGCAGAUUUGUCAACAUUUUACAGCUGCAGUUUCGAGGGCUACCAGGAUACUUUAUAUGUCCACUCACUAAGACAAUUUUACAGAGAUUGUGACAUCUAUGGCACGGUUGACUUCAUAUUUGGUAAUUCGGCUGCUGUGCUUCAAAAUUGCAACAUAUAUCCGCGCCUGCCUCUAGCCAAACAGUUCAAUGCCAUCACAGCUCAAGGACGGACUGAUCCAAAUCAGAACACUGGAAUUUCAAUACAAAAUUGCAAAAUAAGGGCUGCUGAUGAUUUGGCUGCUAGCGAUGGAACUACACACACAUAUCUGGGGAGGCCUUGGAAGGAGUAUUCUAGGACAAUUUACAUGCACACUUUUAUGGACAGCUUAAUUCAUCCAGAUGGUUGGCGCGAGUGGUCAGGGGACUUCGCCCUGCAUACAAGUUACUAUGCUGAGUUUAAUAACACGGGGCCUGGAGCGGGGAUAGGAGGAAGAGUUACAUGGCCAGGAUUUCACAUAAUUGACUCCUCAGACGCAGCUAAUUUUACAGUAAAUAACUUCAUAUUAGGAGAUCAAUGGAUACCUAAGACUGGCACCCCUUAUAUUUUUCAGUAGCUUAUAGAUUUAAUGAGGGCAAAAUAUUUCCUGUACUUGAUACUUAUGUGAUUACAUAAUAAGGGUUGAGCUUAAUUUUCAAAUAAAGUUGCUAAUGUUACA